CAGUAUCAAUUUUCAACAACAACAAAACAAGAAGUGAAAGUGUACAUAAGUUGGAUUUAGGACUAUGGACCCAAUUGAAUCAAUAUUCCAUGAAAAGCAAGAGGGCUCCCUGUGUGCACAGCAUUGUCUUAAUGCCCUUCUGCAGGGGCAUUACUUCACAGCUGUGGAGCUGGCAGAGAUAGCCCAGCAGUUAGACGAGAGAGAAAGGCAGCACAUGGCAGAGGCAGGAGAACAAACAGAUGAGUACAGACAGUUUAUGCAGCAACCGUCCAGUAAUUUUGAUGACAGUGGCUUCUUCUCAGUGCAGGUGAUAGCCAGUGCAUUAAGGGUGUGGAAUUUAGAACUUUUGCCUUUUAAUAGCCAAGAUGCCAUAUCUGUUCAAGCACGACAAGAGCCAACACAGCAAAAUGCCUUUAUAUGUAACUUCAGGGAGCACUGGUUCUCAGUAAGGAAGUUGGGUUUCCAGUGGUUUAAUUUGAACUCAUUACUAUCUGGACCAGAAUUAAUUUCCGAUACUUACCUUGCGAUGUUCUUAGCUCAACUGCAACAAGAAGGUUAUGCACUUUUUCUCAUCAUUGGAGAUUUACCUAACUGUGAUGCUGAUGAGAUUUUAAAAGCCAUUCCAGCAGAGCAGCGAGUGAAGCCACGCCUUAUCACAGAAAAACAGGCUUCAACGGCAAGGCAGGGAGGGGAGACAACUCCUGGAGGCAGCCAUGAGGAUGAGGCCCUUCAGCAGGCUAUCCAGGAGAGUCGGCAGCUGGUGGAGAAUGAUGACAAGGUGUUACAGAGGAUGCUAGAGAUGAGCCGGGCUCAAGACGAGGAGAACAUGUUACAGAAGGCUCUACAGAUGAGCAUGGAAGGUGAACCAAAAAACAACCUGUCAUAUGAUAUAUACAUGUACAUACCUGUACGUUAUGUCAUUGAUGAUCUUUCAGAGAGGGCCAGUAAUAACACAUCUGAGGAAGAGAGACUUUCAGGGUCAGAGAUACCAGCCACAAGUACAAGCUCUCUCUCAGUGGACGAAUUACGACAAAAACGCUUGGCUUAUCUUGAUAGGAAGCCAGACAAUCAGGAGAAGGAGUCCUCCACUAACUCUUCAAAUAAUGCUGUGACUGACAAAAACAAGAGUUCUGAAGUGGAACACAGUGAAGAAGAACUGUUAGAAGAGGCUAUAAAGAUGUCCAUGGCCCAACCAUGACCUGAGGGAGAUUUACGACUGGAAAAGUGAAAGUGAAACUGUUUGAAGUUGACUGAUGGUGACAUUCUGAUGUUAACUAUGCUAAAUAACCAUUGGAUGUCAGAAUACAAAGUACUAGAAACUCUGACAUCAAGCAAGACUACAGGGAUGAGUUAACACACAUCUCUCAUCUGUAGGAUCUUAGACAUCUUAUUUCACAUAAGAAACAUACAAGAGUUCAUACGUUGGUAAUUUCUCAAACCUGGUCUGCACAGUUUCUGGGAGUGAUGUAAAUGUUAGCUAUGUUACAGUGAAAAAACAGUCACAGGAGAUCUAUAUUGUCUUUGAGAAAUUGCUGUAUAUCAACAAUAUUGCAAACAUUAGUAUAUAUUAAAGCCUUACAGAUAGUCUACCAGCUACACAUGUAUAUGUAGUCCAAUGUUUUGAGUAUGCAGCUUUUCAGUUUUAGCUAGCUAAUAGACUAAGAAUUUUAUUACAUUUAUUAUACAACCAUGGAAUGAAAAGCAGAUUGCUACAAGGUUCUACAACAAUACAGAUUUUUUGAGUGUGUGUUGGUGUGAAUAGUGCUGGGAUGAACAGAAAACUACAUGGCAGACUUUGGUGCAUUGGUAGUACUCUACCUACAUGUUUGACAUAAAAGCAUUAAUUAACAUAAUAUUGCUUCUGCUUUUUUUUUAAAUGAUCAUACAGUUGUUACGGGAUUGGUGGAUAAUUAGUCAGUAUAAUUGUGUAAUUUUUUAAAAUCAUAUAGAAAAGACAAAAUGCAAACACAAGUCUAGCUGUUAGUUCAAACGUUCUUCUGUGUGUAAAAGACAGGCCAUCUACCAUGUGGAAUGUAGAGUUGGAUGGAACUAUGUGUACAUGUGCACUGGACUACCAGAUAAUUUGAAGGAUUAACAUUAGUGAGCUUAACUUUCCUGGAGGACAUGCCUUUAAAGUUGCUACUUUUACUAGUAGAUGCAUCUGUCAAUGUGAUCUGUAUUUUGUAAUGGUAGGCUGUUUAUCUGUUCUUUUUUAUCAUUUGAUGGUUGUUUCACGCCUUCCUGAGUAAUAUACCAUUUGUAUUAUGGGAGUUAAGUCAAGCCAAGUUGAGCUGAGUUUGGCCACACAACGUCAUUUGUGUACCCUGUAUAAUGCCAUCCCAUAAUGCAAAAUACAAGAAAUCUGUGAAGCACAUCACAUUACAUUGUUUGAUAGAAGUCAUCUUAUCCUUUACACUGAGCUGGCAUUUAAGAGCUGGUUGUAUUUUGCACUAAGGGGUUGUAACUCUAUGCUGCUCAUUCAGUGUUAAUUCACACUGUUUAAGUCUAAAGUUUAUCAUUGUGAAAUGAUAUGUCAUCGGGCAUUGUAUUUAAAGAAUGGCACACACAUGUAUGGCACACACGUCUUCCCAGAUUUCAAAAGAUCUAAAACUUUGUAUAUGAACUUACAUGUGCAUGUAGUAUGUUGAGUAGAUUGUGCAUAGAGCUGAUAUAGCACCAGACAUGCAGUGAAAAGAGCUCACAAUACACGUAUGCUUAGGCCUCUGUGGUAUGUUUGAUAAAUGCAUCAUUAGAAUCAAACAUUACAUCUAAUUCAAACAGUUGGUGCUAACUCAGAAGAGUUUUGCUCUCAUGUUCAGACUUGUCCGAGUAUAGUUGCCGAUUUUGGGAUGUGUUAGUCUUCAAAACAAAAUGUCUGUAUGUACUACAGCAGCACUUAGGGAUUAAAAUCAAUUCUUGGCAGAAGAAUAAUGGCUGCUAUCAUGUUCAUGUAAUUUUUAUACUGUAAAAAUUCCUUUCUUUUUAUUAUCUUCAUUUUUACAUAAACAUGAGUACAAGUUUACUAUAUUUAAUA